AUCGAGAGGCCAUGAAAAAUCUACUUGUCAAAUGAAACCGAAAAGGGGUUGAAAAGAAUAAAAGGGAGAAUGACCGUUCCGACCUUCAACUGACGCUGGUCAAACGUUGCGACUUCGGAUAUUAAUACGAGAGAAUUGUAGUUAGUUGAUUAGUUGUCUAUCUACCAGAGACUGGUCAACACGGCAGGAACGUAUUGUCUCAGCCUACCUCCGUGGACUCUCCCGAACAUCAGUUCUUGUUUCCCAAAUUUUUACCCUGCUGUUAUAUAUCUACAAUAACUAUAAAUAAAAGGAUAAAAUUUAGUGAAAAGUUACUACACAGGAUUUUUAAAAAUAAGACGACGGAAAUUUUUGGUCCAAGAAACUCGGUACGGUACAGCCUGCAAUUGUUGUUCAUAGGAUUGUUACUAAUUCUGAUUUUCACGACGACAAGCACUCUUCCCUCGGGUCAUCGAUUGGUCUAUUUGAAAAAAUGGCAUCAGCAUUCUGUUCAGUAGGAUCACUCAGUUCUCUGCGUACUGUACAACGUACUGUGCCAAAUAUCACUUUAGUUGAACAACAAAACGAGACUCUCGCUUGUGUGACGUACAAGAUAAGUAUUCAAAAAUACAACGCUGACAAGUUGCAGUUGGAUCGCACUUACGCCAACACGUACACUUCUUACUUUGUACUUUCAAGCGAAGUUGUAUCUAUAACAGAUGAUGGUGAAAAUCCUCAAAAUUAUACCAUCGAGGUGAGUCUGAGGGAAUUAACCGGGCCCGAUGAUGGACUCGGUUCAAGCGGAAAAGAAGACACUGUUCCAGAUUAUUGUCGUCGCCCAUGUGAUGUUUGGAUGACGUUAAUCAAUGAACGAAACAAGUUAUUUUUACGUCAAUCCUCCUCAAAUGAGUGGAAAUCACCAAAAAUUAUUCUUCCGUUAUUGCAACCAAGUGCAACCAUCGGUACGUGUCUGAUUUCGAUUAAGUUCAACAGUUUUCGUCAAGGCGAGGCGAAGGUGGUCAAAAGUCUGCUCGGGCUACUUCUCCAUCAAACGCAAUGCGAUGUCAAAUUCUGUUUUGAAGAUGGUCGGCACGUCGGUGGACACAUUCCCAUAUUGGCAAACAGAAGUCCCGUAUUUGCUGCCAUGUUUAGUCACGACAUGCAAGAGAAAAAGACGGGCCAAGUUGUCAUCAAAGACAUUCAGCCAGAGAUUUUCAAAGAGAUGCUGCAUUACCUCUACGCGGGACGGACCAGAAUUUCAAUCGUUAAAUGCACGGCUCAGCCGUUAUUCUUGGCGGCCGAAAAGUACGACAUUAAAGAGUUAAAGGACGAGUGCAUACAAUUCCUCAUCUUGCACAUACAAAGCGGAAACGUCAUCGAACUGAUCGUCUGGGCGGAUCUGUACAGGGUUGAGGAAAUCAAAGAAGCCGCUUUUAAAUUUGUGGGGGAGAACUACAAAACCAUUUUUCCAACGACGGAAUGGGAGAAUCUAAUGAAACUUUAUCCUGAUCUCUGUUUAUUAGUAACCCGACGUAUGAUUCAAUAAAGUUAAAUAUUUGACAGUGACAACGUGUGAAUCCCUGAAGUGCCAAAGCUCAAAGUUAAUGAGAGUUAGGUGUUACAGUGGACAAGGCGAAAAUAAAAACAGCAAAAAGAAAUCACUUUGGACCAUUUUUAUCCGUUCACUCUCCCGAGUUAAAGAUUUCAUCAA